AUGGCCCCAUACGCUUGUAGGAUGAAUUCUUCACAAGGCUCCCCUUCCCACGAGGUUAAAGUGCAGGAGAAAGCGGACUCCGAAAAAGAAGAGGUCAGGCCAAGCGAAGCGACCGUUGACAAGGGACACAAAACUAAAACGAACAGUUUACCCUUCAGCGUUGAAUCGUUGAUCUCGAAGAAAACCACUUGCCGGACUGUGUAUACCGCCGCCGGACCUGGACUAGUACUACCCAAACCUGUCACGGAACAAAUGGGACCGUUUUCAUCCCCGAGGACAUUCUAUGCCGAGAAAACCAAAGUGCCUUCAGAGAGUUUUCCUAACGCGUCCGACAGUUUGAAUGACGAUAACGAAGACUUUAGCGAUAAAGAACAGAGCACUUGGUUCAGGACGUCAUCUUUCUCAUCUCCUCCACGUAAUCCAAGCCCUCCCCCUUGUCCCUUACGCAAACACAAGAACAACCGCAAACCUCGGACACCGUUCACCACCUCGCAGCUCCUGUCGCUGGAGAGGAAGUUCCGCCAGAAGCAGUACCUCUCCAUCGCGGAGAGGGCCGAGUUCUCGAAUUCUCUCAACCUGACGGAGACCCAAGUGAAAAUCUGGUUCCAGAACAGGAGGGCCAAGGCCAAGAGACUCCAAGAGGCCGAGCUUGAGAAAUUCAAGCUGGCGUCCAAACCGCUUCUACCUGCCUUUGCGCUGCCGUUCCCGCUGGGUGCGCACGUAGGGUCCCCAUCGCUGUAUGGGACUGCAAACGCCAUCCCCCGGCCCGGUCUCCCGAUGCCCGGACUUUUUGGUGGACCAGUCGGUUAUGGAAUGUAUUAUUUGUCAUAAGUAGAUUUACUGCUGGCAGAGACUUUUUUUUAUAUAUCUAAAAAAAAUAAACAACGUGCCCUUAUACCAAUUACGAGAUAUGUUAAAAUUGCGGAUAUUUUACAACCAUGUAAAAGUAGUUUUAUUUUAUGUGUGACAAAUUUAAAGGAGUAUAGUUAAUCUUUUUUUUGAAAGAUUGUUCAGUUAGAUCAGACCAACCUCUCAAAUAGACAGUUGCUGUCUUUUUCCUUUAUUGGGUUUGUCAUUUUGUUUUCAGAAAAGUUAUGUUAACUGCAUAUUGUAAAUAAUUUGUUGGUCGAUUGUAAGCAUACUGCCCGUAACAACAUGGUGAUGAGACCGUCUCUCAGCAGCCCUAUUACAUGCAAUAGAGUCACAAAAGUGAUACAUGUAAACACCCAUAUUUCAACGCCAGUCCGUUUUCAUGUUUAACAGUGCAGUUGUCGGUGCAUUUUUACGUGUGUGUGUGUGUGUGUGUGUGUGUGUGUGUGUGUGCGUGCGCGCGUGAUUGUGAGUCUGAUACAGAGAGAGAGAGAGAGAGAGAGAGAGAGAGAGAGAGUAUACUACCAUGCAAAAGUUGUGCGACACACAACUUAAGUACUUAAUGGCCUUAGUUUGUAAGUGCCUUGAAAGACCAAAUAUUUAUUAGUCAACAAUAAAGAUUAUUGUGGAGAA